UUUAAUCGUCGAAUUCUGACAGAAACGAUGGUAGGUUUCGUUAUUAACCAUCCACCCAAGGGCAUUUCCUUACAAUUUUGUGUGUGAAAGCCAAUAAGAGGAAGAGAGCAAAAGAUUCUCACUCAGCCCAGUCGUCGCCGGCUUGGAUAUCCAGGUUGGGGGGUUGGUCCAGUGACAGGAUUUACUGACAGCAUCCAUCAAAAAUUGGGAACUGCAUACUAGUCCAGAGUGAGGAGAUGGGAUCUGAAGCACCGAAUGCUGUAACUAUUCAUGUAACUGGAUUUAAGAAGUUUCAAGGAGUUGCUGAAAAUCCUACAGAGAUCAUAGUUAAUAACCUAAAGGGUUUUGUUGAAAGAAGAGGAUUGCCUGCUGGCAUUACUUUAGGGAGUUGCACUGUUCUUGAGACUGCUGGUGAAGGUGCACUUCCAGUGCUUUACAAGAUCUUUGAAUCAGGGAUCCCAUCUCACAAUGAACAAGUAUUAUGGCUUCAUUUUGGGGUGAAUGGUGGGGCUUCAAAGUUUGCCAUUGAGCAGCAGGCAGUAAAUGAAGCCAGUUUCUGUUGUCCAGAUGAACUAGGAUGGCAACCUAAGCAAGUUCCAAUAGUCCCUGAAGAUGGAGGAAUCUCCCGGACAAGAGAGACUACUUGCUCCACUGGGGCAAUCCUGAAGUUCUUGAAGAAGGGGGGCUAUGAUGUCGCUAUAUCAAAUGAUGCAGGUCGUUUUGUAUGCAAUUAUGUCUACUAUCACUCUCUUCGGUUCGCCGAGCAGAAUUGCCACAAAUCUCUAUUUGUACAUGUUCCUCUCUUCUCAAAAAUUGAUGAAGAAACCCAAAUGCAAUUUGCAGCUUCCCUUCUGGAGGCUAUUGCAUCAACAUGUUAAUAUUGUUGAUCUGUAUGAGUAUUUGAAUGUCCAUGCCUGUCAGUCAUCUGCUGCUGCAUUUAUGUUACCAUAUCAAUAAAAUUAUAAAAUAAAUAUUCCUUAAGACCUCUGCACUGCUGCUUGGUUUUAUAAGGAACUGAUUGACCUACUGUCA